CUGACCUUCCUUCCGGAAGUGCUCCUGCGGCUCGGGUAGCCGGCGUGACUUUGAGCACUUCCCGCUCUGCUGCCGGGGCCCAGCACAGCAGAGCACAGCAGAGCACAGCAGAGCAAGAGAUCUGGAAGUGGCUGUCCCAGGCUCGUCAUGAGGCUGCUGCGGGUCGCUGCAGCCCUGGGACGUGGGCCGCUCCCUCGGGUCCCUGCUGUCCUGGGCUGGCAGGGGAAGCAGGCUAAUUGGAAGACCUGCCGGUGGUGUUCGUCAGGACCAAUUCCCAAUGAAAAAAUACGAAACAUAGGAAUCUCGGCUCACAUUGAUUCUGGGAAGACGACGUUAACAGAACGUGUGCUGUACUACACUGGCAGGAUUGCCACAAUGCACGAGGUGAAAGGUAAAGAUGGAGUUGGUGCUGUCAUGGAUUCCAUGGAACUAGAGAGACAGAGAGGAAUCACUAUUCAGUCAGCAGCUACCUACACCAUGUGGAAAGAUAUCAAUAUCAACAUUAUAGAUACUCCAGGCCACGUGGACUUUACCAUAGAAGUGGAAAGGGCCCUGCGGGUCUUGGACGGUGCGGUCCUUGUUCUCUGUGCGGUUGGUGGAGUCCAGUGCCAGACCAUGACAGUCAGUCGUCAGAUGAAGCGCUACAACGUUCCCUUUUUAACCUUCAUUAACAAACUGGACCGGAUGGGCUCCAACCCAGCCAGGGCCCUUCAACAAAUGAGAUCCAAACUGAAUCACAAUGCUGCGUUUGUGCAAAUACCCAUUGGCUUAGAGGGUGAUUUUAAGGGAAUUAUAGACCUUAUCGAAGAACGAGCUAUUUACUUUGAUGGAGACUUUGGUCAGGUUGUCCGGUGUGAUGAGAUUCCGGCUGAGUUGAGGGCCGCAGCAGCUGACCACCGGCAGGAGCUGAUUGAAUGUGUUGCUAAUUCAGAUGAGCAGCUUGGUGAGCUGUUUCUGGAAGAAAAAAUCCCCUCAGUUUCUGAUUUAAAGCUAGCAAUCCGGAGAGCUACUCUGAGUAGAUCCUUUACUCCUGUGCUUGUGGGAAGUGCUUUGAAGAACAAAGGCAUUCAGCCACUUUUGGAUGCUGUUUUAGAAUACCUCCCCAACCCAUCGGAAGUCCAGAAUUACGCUAUACUCAAUCAGAAUGACUCAAAAGAGAAGACCAAACUCUUAAUGAACCCCAAAAGAGAUGAUUCCCACCCAUUUGUAGGCCUGGCUUUUAAACUGGAGGCAGGCCGUUUCGGACAGUUAACUUAUGUCCGAAAUUAUCAAGGUGAACUGAAGAAGGGAAGCACCAUCUACAACACGAGGACCGGAAAGAAAGUGCGAGUGCAGCGGCUAGUGCGCAUGCACGCCGACAUGAUGGAGGAUGUUGAAGAAGUGUAUGCUGGAGACAUCUGUGCAUUGUUUGGCAUUGACUGUGCAAGUGGAGACACAUUCACAAACAAAGACAACAGUGACCUUUCUAUGGAAUCGAUUCAUGUUCCUGAUCCUGUCAUUUCAGUAGCAAUGAAGCCUGCUAACAAGAAUGAUCUGGAAAAAUUUUCCAAAGGUAUUGCCAGGUUUACACGUGAAGACCCCACAUUUAAAGUCCACUUUGACACCGAGAGCAAGGAGACAAUUGUGUCUGGAAUGGGAGAACUGCACCUGGAAAUCUAUGCUCAGAGAAUGGAGAGAGAAUAUGGCUGUCCUUGUAUCACAGGAAAGCCCAAAGUGGCCUUUAGAGAGACCAUUGCUACCCCUGUGCCGUUUGACUUUACACAUAAAAGGCAGUCGGGUGGUGCCGGCCAGUUUGGAAAAGUAGUAGGGGUGCUGGAGCCCCUGGCCCCGGAGGACUACACUAAGCUGGAGUUUUCCGAUGAAACAUUUGGGGCCAAUGUUCCAAAGCAGUUUGUUCCGGCUGUUGAAAAGGGGUUUUUGGAUGCCUGUGAAAAAGGACCUCUUUCUGGUCACAAGCUUUCUGGGCUACGGUUUGUUCUGCAAGAUGGAGCACACCACAUGGUUGAUUCUAAUGAAAUCUCCUUCAUCCGAGCUGGAGAAGGUGCUCUUAAACAAGCCUUGGCAAAUGCCACAUUAUGUAUUAUUGAACCUAUUAUGUCUGUGGAAGUUAUAGCCCCAAAUGAAUUUCAGGGAGCAGUGUUUGCAGGAAUUAACCGGCGCCAUGGAGUGAUUAUAGGUCAAGACGGAAUUGAGGACUAUUUCACACUGUAUGCAGAUGUUCCCCUAAAUAAUAUGUUUGGUUAUUCCACUGAGCUUAGGUCUUGCACAGAGGGGAAAGGAGAGUACACAAUGGAGUACUGCAGAUACCAGCCGUGUUUGCCAGCCACACAAGAAGAGCUCAUCAAUAAGUAUUUGGAAGCUACAGGUCAACUUCCCGUCAAAAAGGGAAAAGCCAAGAACUGACUCUCCUCGCUGUGAAUGUACUGACUGUUUGACUACCAGACUUACAGAUGAUGGAACCUGGUGGAGUGAGUUCAGAUGGCAGAAACAAAUUUAGGAGCCCCUGCUGUCUCAUGUUCAGGAGCUUCUAUAUGUACGCAAAGAUAACUAUGUACUUAAACUGUAUUGACUAUUUUUAUUGUUUAGUAAGAGACCUUAAAUAAAAUUAUAUUAUUACUGAA